GAAAAGGUGUUGCAAGGCAUUUCCGGGAAAAAAUAAAAAAUGCUGAAAGAAGGGAAAUUUUAUUUAGCAUAUUUUGAAACAAGUCACCCGUUUGGUGAUACUGUUUGAUGACUUUUUAUAAUAGACUAACAAAAUAGUGUUGCUUUGAAAGCAGUUUAUAAACCGAAAGUUGUUUAUUGCGUCGUAAAAUCAUAAAAUGGUGGCGUUGGAUAAAACACCUUCAGAUGUGGUGUUUGUUGUUGAAGGAACAGCUAACCUUGGUGCUUAUAUUGAAGACCUUAAAACUAAUUACAUUCUACCAACUCUGGAGAAAUUCAACGGUGGCCCACCAGAUCCCAUAGAUUAUGGUGAUGAUUAUAGCUGUACGUUGUAUAAUUUAGUGACAUUUUUCUCGGCGGAUAUUGCUCCGGACUCUGCUACACGGUGCUCAGACCUUACAACCAGUACCCAUCAGUUCCUAACAUGGCUGGACCAUGUGCAGUUUAUUGGAGGUUGUGGUGAGUGUCACAGUCAUAUAUCUGAGGGAUUACGUACAGCACUUCAUGUGUUUGAUGAUAUCAAAGAGAAGAGAAACAAUGACAGAUUGUCACCAGAGAGACACUGUAUAUUGAUAUGUAACUCACCACCGUACCAGCUGCCAAGUAUGGAGGGAUGUAGAUAUACUGGUUACUAUAGUGACCAGCUUGCCAACAUGCUUGCCAAGAGAGGUAUAAAUUUAUCAAUUAUAUCACCAAGAAAGAUUCCUGCACUACAAAAGUUGUAUGAAGAGGCCAGUACAACAGAUAUCCCGGCACAAAGCAAAGAUUUCUCCAUAGAUCUGCACCAUCUUAUAUUGCUUCAUGGUUAUGAACUUGAAGAGAGGGCUCACACCCCAGUACCUGGUGAAGAUGAACAUAUGAAAAAUCUUCUUGGUGCAUCACCAGCUCCGACAGACAUUUUCAAGGUACCUACAACAGCGCCCUCUGUGAUGCCACAGCCAAAUCCCCAAACUACACAACAUUCACAGUCUCAACAACCACAACAAGGUAAUCUUCCACAGCAAUCUAAUCCAUCAGUCCAGAAACAAGCCCCUCAACAGUUACCCUUCCAACAGCAACAGCCAGGACAGGGGCCAGCGACACAACAAGCUAAACUUGGACCACAACAACCAGGCAUGAUGCCACAGCAACAUCCCCAACAGCCAAUCACAUCACAGCAGCAACAGAUCAAGGAACAACAGAGAAUGUUUGUAGGAAAUCAGAUGAACAAGCAACAAACCAGUGGGGGUAUGAUGUCAGUGACCAGCAUGGCUCAACAACAACCACAGCUGCCAUACAGUACAAUGGGACGACCACAGAACCAGGCAGCACAGGGAGUUAACUCGACAGCCAGUCAGGAUAAUUUUGGGAUGAACAAUAUGAAUGCAGCUAGACUACAGAAUCCCAACAUGGUAGGAAGUUUAGGUGGUCCGCAGAUGUCUCAGGACCCAGGUAUCAUGGCAAUGGCAGGGAGCAAUCCACAGAUGUCAAAUAUUCAGUCGAAGCAGGGCAUGAUGGCAAAUAUGGGUCAAAAUAUUGGCAGUGUGCCACAUACAAUGGUCUCUACAUCAAUGAUGCCUUCAAGCACAGCAGGUGGAGGUGUGGGUGUAACCCAGACACAGCCACAGCCAAAUAUGAUGGCUGGGGGUAACCCUAUGCCAGGCAACGUGAGUGGGGCUCAGCCUGGUCAACCUGCAAUUCCAGGACCGGAUCAGCAAGGUGCAAACCCACUACAGAACAGGAAUAUUAUAUGGAAAGGACAAUUAGAGUGGCAAGAUAAGAAGACGGUGAUGCAGGGACCCAGUGCUAGAAUCACACGAAGUCUCGGCUGUAUGGUCUCCAUUGCUAGAACAGACCAAGAGAUUAAUACACAGAGUUGGCCAAGUACUUUGAUCAUGCAGUUGAUGCCACAGACUUUGUUAAACUCCCAGCAGUUACAUCCCUUGUUUAAAAAUAGCCGUCAAGUGGGGUUCCAUUUCCACAACACAAAUCUAGAUGAUUUAAGAAACUUGUAUAAAGUUAUGGGCAGUGGAUUUGCGGGAUGUGUACAUUUUCCACCAAGUACAGCUUGUGAUAUUCGCGUGUUAUUGUUACUGUUCAGUAAUAAAAGAAAGUCUUUUGUGGGUCUAAUACCGAAUGAUCAGAGUGGAGUUGUGAAUGGGAUACGUCAAGUGAUUACACAGCAUAAACAGCGGAUGCAGCAGACACCUGGACCAAACCCGAUGGCAGGACCAGGAGGUAUGCCAGGAAUGGGACAACCAAAUAUGGGUGGUAUGGUGCCCGGUUCGGGGCCGGGGGCUGCACAGAUGCCAGGAGCUACUAUGGGAAUGCAGCAACCUAGAAUGGGGGGGAUGGACCAAGACAAUCAGAUGGUACAAGCAAUGAAAAUGCAACAAGAACAAAAAGCAAGACAACAACUUCUAGACGAGAUGUAUUAUGGGCCACCACAAAAUAUGUUUUCUGUACAACAACAGCAGCAGAUGCAGCAACGUCAGCAGUUACAGAUGCAGCAACAACAACAACAGCAACAACAGCAGCAGCUUAGACAUCUGCUGCUAAAUCAGCGCCAACAACAACAACAACAACAGCAACAACAACAGAUGAUGAUGCAAGGUCAAGGUCAGCCACCGGGCAUGAUGGGAGGCCAGCAAGGGAUGCCAGGUCAGGGCCCUGGCGGUAUGGGCAACCAGAUGUCUCAACCCCAACAGCAGAAUCUCCUGUUUGACGACUUUGAUCUGCCUAUGUGAAAAGCUUGAUUUCUAAAACAUUCAUUUACAUGAAAAAUCAGUAUCCACCAGCUGUUUGAGUUCAGUGCAGCUUGUAACAUGUUGUUUAUGUUGUUGAUUUCUAAAAAAAAAAAAUGAUGGCAGUAGCUUUUAAGAUAUCAACAUUCAACUGUUUGAGCCCAAAACAGCUUAUCACAUUAUCGUGGCUUUGCAAAUUUUUCCAAAAACGCUCGAGAUGAAAAUUUCACAGAUGUCAUUUGUUUGAAAAUUCGAUCUUUAUGGAGAAAGUGACCUUCCAAGCCUGCAUAAUAGUUCCCAAUGUCUUACAUUGAUGGGGUCCAGAUACAUAUGGAGGAAAAAUUUUCUAGUUGUGGUGCUCUUUUGGAAGAAGCAAAUAUUGAAUGUUUGUGUGUAAUUGUUAAAGAUGGAUUCUUAUUUUGUUGACUUGUUGCUUGUAUGUAAUUGUUGGACUUGCACAACCAUAGGUCCACAAUAAUGUCAGUCAAAAUUUAUGAUUUCACAGAAAUUUAUUGUCUCUGGUGAUCAUUUUCAUUGUAGCUAGUCUUCACAGUGUUCAUCAACACCAUAGCUUCCAGUAUUGUUAUUAUGUCUCCCACCACACAGUGGUGUGGGAGACAUAUUGAUUUACUCCAGUCUGUGUGUGUGUGUGUGUGUCUGUCACAAAGCUUGUCCGCACUCUAAGUCGAACAUUUCUCAUCCGAUUUUCACCAAACUUGAACAAAACGUGUUUGACCAUAAGACCUCGGCCAAGUUCGAUAACUAGCCAAAUCGGUCCAUGCGUCUUGGAGUUAUGGCCCUUGAAUUACCAAAAAUCGGUCUUUUUACUCUUGUCCGCACUCUAAUUCGAAUAUUUCUCAUCCAAUCUUCACCAAACUUAAACAAAACGUGUUUGACCAUGAGACCUCGGCCAAGUUCGAUAACUAGCCAAAUCGGUCCAGGCAUUUUGGAGUUACGACCCUUGAAUUAUCGAAAAAUUGGCCUUUUUACUCAUGUCCGCACUCUUAAGUCGAACAUUUCUCAUCCGAUCUUCACCAAACUUGAACAAAAUGUGUUUGACCAUGAUACCUCAGCCAAGUUCGAUAACUAGCCAAAUCGGUCCAGGCAUUUUAGAGUUACGGCCCUUGAAUUACAGAAAAAAUCUGUUUAUUCUUGUCCGCUCUCUACGUUGAACAUUUCUCAUCCGAUCUUCACCAAACUUGAACAAAAUGUGUUUGGCCAUAAGACUUUACCCAAGUACGAUAACUAGCCAAAUCCACCCAGGCACUUCUGAUUUAUGGCCCUUGAAUUACUGAUUGGAUCCACUCAUCCAGACCAUCUAAUUGGAUCCACUCAUCUAAAACAUCUAGAGAAACUAACAUUUUUCAUAGGGGCAGUUGUGGGAGACAUGCGCUUUUCUCAAAAGCAUCUCUAGUUUCAGUAUAAAUGUUAACGUAACUGAGCCAAAAUUAGGAGUUGUCAGAUGUAUAAGUUAUUAUCAUCAACAGUAGCAGCAAUAUGUGUGUACACAACCAGCAGUAUUAUUUGUCCUACCCUUGUAAUGUAAUGAUACGCUGUAUCUAAGUACUGUAGAUGACGUAAUAUUUGCAGUGUUUAUUUGCAGUGUUUUUAUUUGUGCUAUCAGUCGCAUAUACAGCUAAAUACACAAUUUAAACACUUGUGCUUGUUAAACAUAACUGUCUCAAAAUUUAUAUCCAGCUAUGUAGUGUGAAUUCUGAACAACGUGAAAAUAUCUAUAGACUGUCAAAUAAAAAUAAAGUGAAAAUCUCCUUACCUACAGAAAGGCAGCCAUAUUGAGAAAGUAUUAGGAUCUUUAUUUGUAAUUUCAUUGGCUGUCAUCACCAUCAUCAACAUUUUUCAUCAUCAUCAUUCAUCACCAUCAUUCAUCAUCAUUCAUCACCAUCCACUUUCAUCACCAUCCUCAUUCAUCACCGUCAUCAUUCAUCACCAUCCUCAUUUGUGUCACCAUCAUUAUUCAUCACCAUCCUUACUGUGUUGGUGCACCGUAAAAACCCAAAUAAAUAAAUAAAUCAUUCAUCACUAUCAUCAUCCUCGUUCAUCACAAUCAUCAUUCAUCAUCUUCAUUUAUGGUAUACAGACACAACAUAGGAAAAUGGUGUGAAAAAAAUGUAGUUGCAAAAUGGCGGAUUCAAAUAGUUCUCAGUUUUUUGUUCUGUACAGCUAUUUUCCUUACUUUCUUUGCAUUUUUUUUGCUCAGAUAACCUGACAGAUCUAUGCUUGAUGGUUAGGAAGCAUUUUCAUAAUGAAAUGAUAACAUGACAGAAUUUUUCAUGGAAACUUAGGUCAAACAUCACCACAAGAAUUUGGGGUCUCAUUUUUUAGCUGAUUUUGCAAUUUGUUUUGACUGAAAAUAUUUUUCUUGCAUUAAACAUGACCCCCACUUUUCUUCCAAUUUUUAUUCAGAACUGACAAUAUUCUUCAAGAAAAUAUAAUAAUAAGUUACAGACAUUUAAAAUGGGUCCUGAUGUGUGCUUCAGCCAUUGGAAAUUUGUCAGUUUUUAGCUCACCUGUCACAAAGUGACAAGGUGAGCUUUUGUGAUCGCGCAGCGUCCGUCGUCUGUCGUCCGUCCGUCCGUCCGUGCAUGCGUGCGUACGUAAGCUUUUGCUUGUGACCACUCUAGAGGUCACGUUUUUCAUGGGAUCUUUAUGAAAGUUGGUCAGAAUGUUCAUCUUGAUGAUAUCUAGGUCAAGUUCGAAACUGGGUCACGUGCCAUCAAAAACUAGGUCAGUAGGUCUAAAAAUAGAAAAACCUUGUGACCUCUCUAGAGGCCACAUAUUUCACAAGAUCUUCAUGAAAAUUGGUCAGAAUGUUCACCUUGAUGAUAUCUAGGUCAAGUUCGAAACUGGGUCACGUGGGGUCAAAAACUAGGUCAUUAGGUCUAAAAAUAGAAAAACCUUGUGACCUCUCUAGAGGCCAUAUUUUUCAUGAGAUCUUCAUGAAUAUUGGUCAGAAUGUUCACCUUGAUGAUAUCUAGGUCAGGUUCGAAACUGGGGUCACGUGGGGUCAAAAACUAGGUCAUUAGGUCUAAAAAUAGAAAAAACCUUUUGACCUCUCUAGAGGCCAUAUUUCUCAAUGGAUCUUCAUGAAAAUUGGUCAGAAUGUUCACCUUGAUGAUAUCUAGGUCAAGUUCGAAACUGGGUCACGUGGGGGUAAAAACUAGGUCAGUAGAUCUAAAAAUAGAAAAACCUUGUGACCUCUCUAGAGGCCAUAUAUUUCAUGAGAUCUUCAUGAAUAUUGGUCAGAAUGUUCACCUUGAUGAUAUCUAGGUCAAGCUCGAUACUGGGUCAUGUUGGAUCAAAAACUAGGUCAGUAGGUCUAAAAAUAGAAAAACCUUGUGACCUCUCUAGAGGCCAUAUUUCUCAAUAGAUCUUCAUGAAAAUUGGUCAGAAUGUUCACCUUGAUGAUAUCUAGGUCAAGUUUGAAACUGGGUCACGUGGGGUUAAAAACUAGGUCAGUAGAUCUAAAAAUAGAAAAACCUUGUGACCUCUCUAGAGGCCAUAUUUUUCAUGAGAUCUUCAUGAAUAUUGGUCAGAAUGUUCACCUUGAUGAUAUCUAGGUCAGGUUCGAAACUGGGUCACGUGGGGUCAAAAACUAGGUCAGUAGGUCUAAACAUAGAAAAACCUUGUGACCUCUCUAGAGGCCAUAUUUCUCAGUGGAUCUUUAUGAAAACUGGUGAGAAUGUUCAGCUUGAUGAUAUCUAGGUCAGGUUCGUAACUGGGUCAUGUGCGGUCAAAAACUAGGUCAGUAGGUCGAAAAAUAGAAAAACCUUGUGACCUCUCUAGAGGCCAUAUUUUUCACGAGAUCUUCAUGAAAAUUGGUGAGAAUGUUCACCUUGAUGAUAUCUAGAUCAAGUAUAAAAGUGGGUCACGUGCCUUCAAAAACUAGGUCAUUAGGUCAAAUAAUAGAAAAAGCUUGUGACCUCUCUAGAGGCCAUAUUUUUCAAUGGAUCUUCAUGAAAAUUGGUCAGAAUUUUUUAUCUUGAUGAUAUCUAGGUCACAUGUGCUCAAAAACUAGGUCACUAUGUCAAAUAAUAGAAAUAACGACGUCAUACUUAGUUCAACACUGGGUCAUGUGGGGAUAGGUGAGCGAUUCAGGACCAUCAUGGUCCUCUUGUAUAUAAAAGAAGACAAGCUAUUUAGUGUGUUCAUGCCUUAUGAUCAUCAUAACCAUCAUUCAUCAUUAUUUAUCAUUAUAAUGUCAUCAUUAGCAGUUAUCAUCUGCUGUUUCUGCAUGGUCACUUCUACAGAAAAUAUCUGAACUUAUUUUAUGCAUUUUUUUGGAUUAGCAGUGUGAUAUAAUUUGAAUCUGUCACAAUGUUAGUGUGAUUAACUUUAGCAAUGUACUGGUACAUUGUAAAUUAAUUCGUUAGUUUUGUGUAUAAAACAGAAUGAAAAUUGUAAUUGCUGUUCUUCCUUUAUAGCAUAUUUUAGCAAUUCAAUGAGAAGUUCAAAAUGUUAUGCUGCAGAUAAUGCUGUCAUGAAAAUUUAAAAGUGAUCUCAUUUUUUGUUGGUAUUCCAUAUUCACACAGAACAAGUAUCAGCUUUGUAUAACUUGACCCGUCUCAUAGAAAAUGUUUGUUAAUGUAAAGAUACAUGUCUCAGAAUUUUUCUAAUUACCCAACGUAACUGAAGAGAGUAACUGAAGAGAGUUACUACUUUUCAGUGGUUGCCAAAGCAUACAGACCUGUUACACUCAACACUCUCAGUAAAUCUUAGAACAAAACCUAUGAACCUGUGUUUACUGUAUGACCAGUGUACUUGUUAUUGUUUAUGAUAUUUAUUAUUGAUUGUGCUUGCAUGAUAAACAUUUUUGUACAGAUUUGAUAACAGUUUUUUUCUGAAUGAUAUUUUUGUGAACGUUUUACAGAUUUAGAACUGUUUAACAUAAUUGAUAAUUAAUUGAUUAGUGUUAUUUACAUAAUAUUUGUCGCCUCCGUGCAAUAAGUGAUAAUUUAUAUCAGUGCAGUUAUCCACUUUUUGCACCAAGGUGACACAUUACAUGUGCUUAUUGUUGAAUGCUUUGUAAAUCAAAAUAUUUGAGCCGUGCCAUGGGAAAACCAACAUAGUGGGUGUGCGACCAGCAUGGAUCCAGACCAGCCUGCGCAUCCGCGCAGUCUGGUCAGGAUCCAUGCUGUUCGCUAACAGUUUCUCCAAUUCCAAUAGGCUUUAAAAGCGACCAGCAUGGAGCCUGACCAGACUGCGCGGAUGCGCAGGCUGGUCUGGAUCCAUGCUGGUCGCAAACCCACUAUGUUGGUUUUCUCAUGGCAUGGCUCAUUUUCUGUUACUGUACUUCUGAUGAUAUUUUCUCUUUCUUUGCUUCAACUUGGUUUAUCAUUGAAGUGGAACCAAAUGUUUUAGAACUGAUAUUUAUACAAAGUGUGUCAAGCAUGCAGUAGAGUUUGCCAAAUUAGUGUCAGUUAGUUUCCAAAAAGUAAUAAUCAAUUUUACAAAGUACUGAAUAGAAGUGGAAAUUGUUGUCCAGUCUUAUUUGAAGUGUCAAGUCCUUUACUUGAUAAAUAAUACCAAAAGUUUACAUUGAAAUGUAUGUCAGUCUGUAUUAUUUUUCUCUAGAAAACUGACUUACAAGUUCCGCAUUUUGAAUCAUCUUGUAAACAUGACAUUCCUCUCAUUCAGAAUCAUGUUUGUUUUGUAACUGAAUUAAUUUUUGUCUAGUUUUUAUGACUUUAAUUCAUUUGACCAUUACAAAGUGUUUAGUGCUAUAUUAAAGCAAAUUUCUUUUUUGUGCAAUGUCAGUGUUUAUAUAUAAUGCUUUAUUGAUGAAAAAAUUAAAAAUGUGCUAAAUUGUGAAA